CCGAGGAAACCAGACCGGCCCCCGGGGGAGCGCGGUUGGGGGGUGGGGUGCUGGGCCCGGGGCGGGAGCCAGGCCUGCGCCAGCGCCGGCGAUGGGCCGCCGGUUCCCGGGAGCCAGUGCACCAGGUGGCCGAGCGGGUGGAAGCUCUGGGGCAGUUUGUCAUGAAGACCAGGAGGACCCUCAAAGGCCAUGGGAACAAGGUUCUCUGCAUGGACUGGUGCAAAGACAAGAGAAGGAUCGUGAGUUCGUCCCAGGACGGGAAGGUGAUCGUGUGGGAUUCCUUCACUACUAACAAGGAGCACGCUGUCACCAUGCCCUGCACGUGGGUGAUGGCCUGUGCGUACGCCCCGUCGGGAUGCGCCAUUGCAUGCGGUGGUUUGGAUAAUAAGUGUUCUGUGUAUCCACUGACGUUUGACAAAAAUGAAAACAUGGCUGCCAAAAAGAAGUCUGUCGCUAUGCACACCAACUACCUGUCGGCCUGCAGCUUCACCAACUCAGACAUGCAGAUCCUGACAGCGAGCGGCGACGGGACGUGUGCCCUGUGGGACGUGGAGAGUGGGCAGCUGCUGCAGAGCUUCCAUGGGCACGGGGCUGACGUGCUCUGCCUGGACCUGGCCCCCUCAGAAACGGGCAACACCUUCGUGUCUGGGGGAUGUGACAAGAAAGCCAUGGUGUGGGACAUGCGCUCCGGCCAGUGCGUGCAGGCCUUUGAAACACACGAAUCUGACAUCAACAGUGUCCGGUACUACCCGAGUGGGGAUGCCUUUGCUUCAGGAUCAGAUGAUGCUACGUGUCGCCUCUAUGACCUCCGGGCAGACAGGGAGGUCGCCAUCUAUUCCAAAGAGAGUAUCAUAUUUGGAGCAUCCAGUGUGGACUUCUCCCUCAGUGGUCGCCUACUGUUUGCUGGAUACAACGAUUAUACCAUCAAUGUCUGGGAUGUCCUGAAGGGGUCCCGAGUCUCCAUCCUGUUUGGACAUGAAAACCGCGUUAGUACGCUCCGAGUUUCCCCUGAUGGAACCGCUUUUUGCUCAGGAUCAUGGGAUCAUACCCUAAGAGUCUGGGCUUAAUCAUCUCCUCACCAAACAUACAGAAUUUGAAACCAUCCUGUGUAAAUAGAUCUUUCUUCUAGAGAAUCUGAGGGUUAUUGCAACGUAGCUAAAAGGAGCGACUCCGCGGCUGCGAGUUCACUCAGCGUCCCCGAUCUUACUGUUAAAACGACCACCCCUGGAAAGAUAUCGGUGUGGGCCUUCGGCACUAGAACACCUUCAAGUACAGUACUUUGCAUUUUGAACACUUUUUAGAAUGUACCCAUUUUUAAGGUUAUUCUAAUUAUACAGUCUCCACCCGUUCGGUUACCAAUCGGAUUCAGCAUUUAAUAUGUCCCCUAGUACUUCCUUGAAUCAAAUUUGUUUUCAGAGCCCUUUAAAAUCUGAUUCUUCUCAGUGUGCCCUGUGUCUUUUGGAACUUUCCUCUAGAAGUGCUGACCUUAACGGACUGCAUGAGGCAGACCACGUUGAUUGGUCUGUGAUAGAAGAAAAUCCCAAUUCCAAACAUAAUUGCACACAGAUCCUUUUUGAAAAAUGUUUUUAUUGUAGAAGUUUCUUUUUCAGUCUCGCGUUGUCUUUUUUCAGAUCAAACAUUUCCCUCUGUGUGAACUGUCAUAAAUGGAGGAGAGAGAUGCAUAAAGGGGACAGGAUGUUUGAUUUAUGAAUUCUGUGAUGAUGGAUUUCUUGGACAGGAUAUUUCCUGUCAUUUGAGGGAAAGCUGGAUGCUGUUUGUGACACAAAUGCUUCUCAAAGCAACAAAACCUUUCUGUGUGGGAACACAAGACAGCAAACUUACUUAAAAACCUGCUAGUAGUAUUAGGUGUAUUGGAAUUAGCAGUAUCCACUCAGGAUACUAAAGGUAUCAUAGUAGGUCAUAGCCAUAUGAAGUAUAUUCAUAUUUAUUGCAUUGAAAAAGUAAUUACAUACACAAAUUAGUUGAUAGGUCCCAAGUGAUAAUGUCUUUGCUUCUCUUAUAGUGAGAAAAAAUAACACAAAAUACUUGUCUUUAUUUGAAAUUCAGCAUUUCCUUCUGGAAGACUCCAAGUGUUUUUGUUAUAAGUUCCCUUCUUUUUCUUAUUUUUAAGGUGUUGAGGCUUAUUCUUUGUUUUAGAAAACUCCUUGUUAAGAUAGCAUGCAUUACUUAGAGAAAUAGAAGGUCACCUCACGCACUAAAAAUCAUUCCUGGUUGAGGUCUGCCCUGUGGGUGGUCUAGGGUCCCGUGGUGCCCAAGUGCCCUGGAUCGUCCAGUCUCCUCUCUGGGCCCUGCUCCAGCCUGACCCCUCUCCUAGUCGUGGUUCUGGCCUUGUGGGCCCAGCCCCAGGCCCUGCUCCUCAGAGAGGCCCUCCAGAGCUGCCCCAGGGCACGGCCAGCAGACAGGUCUGGACCUGGCUGGCCUCCUGCAAACAUGAAGACAUGUGAGAGGCCCACCCUCAAAACGACUUGUUCGGGUAUCCUAAUGGGCCAAUCAGUCAAAAAACAGCCAGGCUAGCUUUUCCAUCAGUUCUUUUACAGUAAAUAUGAUGGUUAGACUCAGUCAUUUGCCAAGCAAACAUUUUACUGAGGGUCUUACUACACAGCAUACCCUAGGGUAGAGAGAGAAUAAAAGGCCCCUGCUUGACUCCAAAGAGCCCGGAAGGAGGGUCGGAGUUGGUCCAAAGGGCCCAUUUUUCAGCCACUGCUCUCCCCUUCCCCAGUGGAUUCCACGCUGGGCAGGGACACAGGAUCUCCCCAACUCCUGCCAGCUGCUGAAGGAGUCAGGCCACAGAGUGCGUCACACGGGAUUCCCCAGCUCCACUCCCAGAACAUCCCAGAGCUGCUCCUGGUCUCCUCGUCGUCACGGUUCCCCUUCCCUCUCUCCUACAGACCCUUUAGUGUCUCUGCACUCUGACCUGGACCAACCAGAAGUGAAGGAGAACAGGACAGAGGAAAAGUCACCGAAACUAAAGGGAAGCAAAUUCAAGGUUAGAUGUUUGGAGAGGCAGAGAACAACUUCCGUAUAUGUGCAAAAAUGGUCCAUAACUUUCCAAUCAAAAAAGCUAUGAAAAAAAAAAAAACCUGUGAAGUAUUCCCUAGAACUCUCACUUAUCCCCACUGGCAGUAAGCCACCUUCCCUGGAAGUAUUUGAUCUCAUAGUGGGUGUUGUUUAGUAUUUAUCGAUGAAACACUUGGUUUGAAAUAUGCUACACCAUGUGGGGAUGCCGGGGUAACUCCAGGUAAUAAAGUGUAUUUUGCAUAUUGAAAAUAA